AUGAAUAUUCCAAUUAAUCAUAUGAAUAUAAUAGUGAGGAUACCGGGAAAGAGACCAACAAGUGUAAGUUGGGAUACAGAAAAGGAUAAUUUAUUGUGGAGAUUCAUAUCUCUGCAUUCACAACCAAACGAAAUAGAUUGGGAAUCGAUUUCUUCAAGAUUAAAUAUAUCAGAAAGCGAAUGUAAAUUAAGAGCCUCUCAUUUAUACAAACAACAAUUUAUGAAAUUACAAAACGAAACUUUAUUAAACAAUAUUGGGAAUACCAACAGUAGUACAAAUAGUAAUGUAAAUAGUAAUAAUAAUAAUAAUAAUAGUAAUGUCAAUAGUAUGAAUAGCAGUAAUAAAAAUUAUAGUCCGAAUGAUAGUUUAAGAAAUAUUCAAACUUAUGAACAACAAUCAAAUGUUAAUAAUAGCUAUAAUAAUAAUAAUAAUAGUAAUAAUAAUAAUAUUAGUAAAGAGCUUGGUAUGGUGCCUAAUGAAUGUAGAAAUUUGUUUUUAUCGCAACAGCCUCAGCAACCAUUACCAAGUCAUCCACAAAAACAACAAUAUAUACAACAGCAUCAACAACAACAACAACAACAACAACAACAACAACAACAACAACAACAACAACAACAACAACAACAACAACAGCAACAGCAACAACAAUAUAUACAACAACAACAACAACAACAAUAUCAUAGUCAAAUGAAAAAUCAAUCAAUAAACUUUAACAGUUUAAAAAUAAGCGAUGAUAUAAAUAUAGAUAGUUCAAUAACACAAUCUGAACUUGUUGAUGCAUUAAUAGACGAAGAAAAUCGACAAAGUCAUUCAACAUCAACUUCAUCAUGGCCAAAAAAUUAA